CAGCAGCGGUGUAGCAGCGGUGCAGCAUCGGAGCAGCAGCGGUGUAGCAGCGGUGCAGCAGCGGAGCAGGAGAUCUACACACAGCAGCGAACCAGCACAACAGUACCACAGCGCCGUAUCGACAAACAAACCGGAGCACAAUUCCGGAAGCUGUAUUCAUCAACGGAUAUUAUUAUAAUCAGAUGCGAGCACGCCGCCGUUAAAGCGAUGCCGGCCGAGGAGGAACCCGCUCCUAUGGACGCCCGCGAUGCCGCCGACGGCUCGCCCCAGCAAUUUUGUCUACGAUGGAACAACUACCAGAGCAACUUGGCGAACUGUUUCGACCAACUCCUGCAGACGGAGUCGUUCGUCGAUGUCACUCUCGCGUGCGAGGGCCGCAGCCUGAAGGCUCAUAAGGUGGUGCUGUCCGCAUGCAGCCCAUACUUCCAGACCUUGUUCAUGGACAAUCCGUGCCGGCACCCGAUCAUCAUCAUGCGCGACAUCAAAUACUGCGACCUGAAGGCGGUGGUGGAUUUCAUGUACCGCGGAGAGAUUAACGUGUCUCAGGACCAGAUUUCGGCACUGCUUAAGGUAGCGGAGACGCUGAAGGUGCGCGGGUUGACGGAUGUGAGCGGAGAGCCGGCCGUACUGCGUGCAGGGGGCGCGGGGCCCGCGGGAACAGCCGCCGCCGCCGAAGCGCGCGGUACCAAGCGCGCUGGCAGCCACGAACCCGAGUCUCCAGGGCAAGCACGCCGGCGCGUCGUAGAUCCUGGCCCGCUGGGCGCACACGGCUCACCCGACCACCUGCUGCCGCCGGACGCGCCCGUGCCGCCACCGCUGCAUGCUGAUGACGUCGACAUCCGCCCCGGCAUCGCCGAGAUGAUCCGCGAGGAGGAACGGGCUAAACUGCUCGAGAAUUCGCAUGCCUGGCUCGGAGCCUCGACAUCUUCGAUUGCAGCAGAUAGUUACCAGUACCAACUGCAGUCGAUGUGGCAGAAGUGCUGGAACACCAACCAGAGCCUGGUCCACAACUUGCGAUUCCGCGAGCGUGGACCCCUCAAGUCCUGGCGGCCGGAGACCAUGGCCGAGGCAAUCUUCUCAGUCCUCAAGGAGGGACUGUCGCUGUCGCAAGCGGCUAGGAAGUACGACAUACCGUACCCGACCUUCGUGCUGUACGCCAACAGAGUGCACAACAUGCUCGGCCCCAGCGCCGACGGAGGCGCAGAUCUGAGGCCCAAAGGACGCGGCCGUCCGCAGCGCAUCCUGCUGGGCGUGUGGCCCGACGAGCACAUCCGCGGCGUCAUUCGCGCCGUCGUAUUCCGAGACACUCAUGCGCACUCCGCUCAUCACAUCAAGGAGGAGGUCCUUCCUUAUCCUUCUAUCACGGAUGGCAUGACCGUGGGCGUACCGCCGAACGCGUAUGGAUCAGUGGCGUGUGGCAAUGGACGCGAUGGCGGCGUCUCACCGAAUGCCGCCGCCGCCGCCGCAGUGGCUGCCGUGGCUCACGGACUGCGUCGUCAGAUGUGCAACAUGGUCGUGGCGGCGCAGAGACCUCCCGAUCACCCUCCGCACCUCAGCCUGCCGCCGCUGCCGCUGCAGUCUCCGCGUCUACCGUCGCCGAUGUCCGCAGGAUUGGAGUCUCCGCUGUGCUCCCCGCCGCCACCGGGCCAUGCUCUGGAGCCGCCGAAGCCGGCUGAUCCGUUCCGCCCUUUCGCCUCGCCGCGCCCCGAUAGCCGCUACAGCGAACGCGAUUCGGUCGCCGACCUGACUGAUAUGGGCCCGCCUAAAACACCGGUGGGCAUCGCUAAGAACGGAAAGGAUCUCGCUUCGCCAUUGCCCGUGAAGAUGGAGCUGCCGCCCGGGGAGGCGCGCGCUGAGAACAUCUGAAGCGAGGCCGCGGGCGCGGGACCUGCCGUGCCCCAGGGCUUGCCCCAGGGCGUACCGCAGGUAAUGCCGCCGGCCAUGGCGCACCUGGCGCACGGCGUGCACGUGCCUCAAGGCGCGCACGUGCCCCACGUCGCGCACGUGCCGCAUGGCCAGCCCAUGCCGCACGGCCAGCCCAUGCCGCACGGCUCCCCGCUGCCCGCACCCCCGAUGCCCGCUUACCCAUACUUCGUACCGAACCGGAAUUCCGUCGGUUACUUCUAAACACGAUAUUUCAAAAGUUACGAUCUUAUCGAUUAUCGAUAUUUUGAAAAUUUAUGCCGUUUUAUUAUUUAAAGUGGACUUGCUGUGCAAUAAAAUGCUUGUUGUUUAGUUUUCCUGUUUCGUAUUAAAUUUAUUUUUAAUUUAAUUAAUUAUUAUUUUCUAAGUAUACUUUCUUUGGUGUACGUGUUCCAGUGACGUAGUUGUUGUAAGCGCGGGCGUCGCGGGCGGCAGACAGGCACGCUUGCCCACCCCGCCCGCGCAGCCCGCUCCUAGUUUGUCACUCGUAAAUGUGUAAGCUUAAAUUACUUAUAUAGAUCCAUGUUUGAAGGUAGGGAUAUCAAAAUUUAAAACAUUUGGCCCGUUUCAAAAAGACUGUUCGGUAUACCUAUUCAUUAUAAAUCAGCUACAUACAUACUCGUAAGACAAAAUUAUAAACUAGCUCUAGAUGUAAUCUUGAAUUAAAUGAUAGACUUCGUGUCAUUAGUUGGUGUUGUAAGCUCGGUGUCAAUCUGUCAAAUGUUGUAGUUUGUAUCGCUUGCCGCUCGCUGCGCACUCUUCGUGCAGCGGUUCACGUUCGAGUAGACAUAGUGAUCGCCAAAUGUAAUAUAGAGUAUCCUUAGCCAGUAGUGAUUGUUCCAAAUGUUAGACUAAAUUAGGUGUUCGACGCUGGCCCUUGCUCUCACAAUUAACCAAACUAUCUCUCCUUCAAUUAUCCCCAUCAGUACUUUAGCGCUGUUUUAUUUUCUUUAUUAAACAAUUUAAUUGCCCUUGAUCUUCAUUAGGACACAAAUAUUUUUGAUUAAUCAUUUUUGUCAUAUAUUAUUAAUUUAUAUUUUUUGUCAGUUUAUCCGUUCGGUUAAUGAACAGAGGCAAUGGGCUCGGCUUCCUUAGGUUUAGAAGCACUGAAAUCGCCAAGCGUUAAAUAUACAAUUGAGCGUCUGCUAACUUACUUAUCGAUUAGCUAGUGUAUUAAACAUUUCAAUUUACUUAGAAGUAGAUGUGUAACUAUGUGUAGAAUUUAAUCGUAGCCUACGAUGGCACACCUAAUUUACCAACAAGCGCACUCUUGUCGCCGAGAGCGGCGCUAGCGUCGCAAUCUCUUCAUGCCAUCGUCGGGAAAUCUCUUUCUUGUAAGGUGUACAUGUACAAAUUUGUUUUACCAACACCUAACCGGAUACGGAGUUGUUUUGUUUUAUAGUUUCGGCGGGAAAAAAAUUGUAGUAUCUUCUUGUCGCAAGGGUAUACCAUGGUUUAGAUAAUGUUGGCGUAAGUUGUAACGUGUUGAGGUGAGGGCGUGGCCCCGCCGAGCCGGCAGUGGUCGCAGGACUCGCUCGGAAAGCAACUUUAUAAUAAGUCUCCAAGUGGCCUUGAUAUCUCACUAUUGUUUGGAAUUUGGAUUGUCCGAUUCGGUUCAAGUUUGGAAUUAGUAUAUAAAAAAGACCAAAUUAUUAAAAGAAUACUUUCACGUUUCAGAUAUAGUGUUGAAACUAUUUGGCUAUCCUUUUGGAAAUAAAGUUAUUUUAGGUGAGAAAUUGAAAAAAAUUAUAUAUAACGGCCUAUACGUUUCGGAUGAACUGCGUAGAUUUUGGUAAAUGUUACUACGCAUAUUUUCUAUUAUGUAAGUCUAGGCUAAUGUUUUCAAAAGUUAAAUUAAAAAUUUUUGAAAAGUAGAAAGUGCCUUCCAAAUUUUUGACCACAGUAAGUGUUGGGACAGGGCGGCGACGAUCGGCGGGGAGCGGUCCGUGGCAAUGCGGCGGGCGGUCGCGGGGGGCGGGGGGCGCGUCACGUCGCCACCUCCGCCUCCAGCCGCGCGACAACAGCGUCAAGUUGCCACGCGGCCGCUCUGAACGUGCUUAACUAUAAAAAGUUAGAAUAUUGAAAAUUCAAAAUUAUUAUAUAAAAAAUUAAAUACAUAUGACUAUUAUAUAGUAAAAAUUAUACAUGAAAUUAUAUAUUUGGCCGAUGUGGUUAUACCCUGACAGGCAAGCGUUAGUUAUUCGGCAUCAAAAUUGAUUCUAUAUUUGUUUGUAAAGGAUGAGAGGAUUCCAUUGGAUAACAAUGCAGACAUUGCAAUGUGCCAUUUGUUCGAACGUCAGCGUUCAAUUUGUAUCAGAUUUGGUUUUCGUAGUUGUAAUUAAACAUAUAUUAAUUUAUUAUACUGGAUGGAAAAUAAACAUUUCGAUUAAAUUAAAUUAAGUGAUCUAUAUUAUUUUCGUGAUAGUUAAGUAAAGAUAACAUGUAGUUAUAUGACACCUUAACCUAGGAGGCGGUUUUGGUUGGCAACUAUAAGUACUACACGUUUACUUAUAGUUUAAAUAUAGCUAAUUAAAAUCAUUACUGGCGACUCGCACGGUGCGACGCUCGCCUACGUACUGCAUGACAACUCCAUAACACCUAGUAUCUUUUGUUUUGUGAUAAAAAUAUAUGUUUAAAUCGUAGGAGCUUGCGCACAUUUCCGCGCACUCUUUUAUUUAGUAACUAAUUUCUAUUACAAAAUAUUUAUUUUGUUUCGUGUAAAGUUACUACCGCCUUUUAUGGGCUCAAACUAUUUACACUGAGAACUAUCAAAUAACCAAAAAAAAAGGUUCUUUUUAAUUGUUUUGUUGCAAUUCUAAUUUCAAGUGACUGUUUAGUUUUAAGUGACGUUACUCCUGAUGGGUAUCCGUGUAUUUAUAACGUUAAGGUACCUUCAUUGCUUUCGGCUCUAAUAAAUGAUUUUAUCCAUAUCAUAUUUUGUUGCGUAUGUGGUGAUCGUAUUUAUAAGAGAUGUUACAGCUUCGUUUCCCAUAAUCUCGUAUACCUUUACUUUCUUAUUGGUGUACCAAACUAUUAAGCAGCUUACCACAUGGCAACAAAAUGUUCAUUAUCAUAUAUUUAUAAAUAAUUUAAGUUAUAAAAAUGUUUUAAAAUGAGAAUAGGUUUCGAUAUGUAACGUCGUUAUAACGAUUAUGUUAAUAUUCGAUUAUUGUUGUUAAGAUUUUUUUCUCUUUAAUUAUCCGUGCUCCUGAUAUCAUUGUACGUUAAAAUAAUAAUAUUUUUACAUUUUCUUUCUGAUCAAAAGAUAUUUCUUGCAUGUAAGAUAUAAUGCAACGCGAGCGCCUUCGCGCUGACAAAAUGAAUGUCUUAGAAUCACAAUAAGCUGUCUUCGAUGUCAGAAUGUUAAUCAUUUAUCUAAUAGUGAUUACGAUGUUAUCUCAGUGUCAUUAUUUAUAAACUGUUAGUGGUAAUAAUCUAGUGAUAUGCCUACACAGUAUCGUAUUAAUAUAGUGGAUUCGUUCGGAUGUGCUGAAUUUUCGCACUAAACGAAAUUUCUUCAAACUUUGUCUAUUGUCAAGUACAAUUUAUGCGAAUUGGUGUAUUUCAUUGAUGUAACAAUUUAUAAUGCAUGUCAUGUAGAACAAUAACCAAAUAAAAGAUUGCAAAUUGUUUAGUGGCGGUUUAUCUCAUUAAAAUUAUGUGUAGUGUCUGUAUUAAUUGCAUUCAGUAAUAUUUAAGUUCGUUAUUGUCACAUUGUACCGUUGUCUG